AUCCCUCAGAUCAGCUACGCAUCCACAGCACCAGAGCUGAGCGACAAUAACCGCUACGAUUUCUUCUCUCGAGUGGUACCACCAGAUUCCUACCAGGCACAAGCUAUGGUGGACAUUGUGAAGGCGCUGGGCUGGAACUAUGUGUCCACAUUAGCGUCAGAGGGGAAUUAUGGUGAAAGUGGAGUAGAUGCCUUCGUUCAGAUCUCUCGAGAGGCAGGAGGUCUGUGCAUCGCUCAGUCCUUGAAGAUCCCACGAGAGCCCAAACUAGGAGAGUUUGACAAGAUCAUUAAGAGACUAAUGGAGACCCCCAACGCUCGAGGAGUCAUCAUUUUUGCCCAUGAGGACGACAUCAAACAGGUCCUGGAGGCUGCAAGGAAGUCCAAUUUGACGGGUCAUUUUAAGUUUGUGGGAUCGGACAGCUGGGGUGCCAAGAGCUCUCCGAUCCUGGACCAGGAGGACGUGGCUGAGGGUGCCGUCACCAUUCUGCCCAAAAGAGCUUCUAUUGAAGGAUUUGACCAGUACUUCACCACUCGAUACCUGGAGAACAACCGCAGGAACAUCUGGUUCGCUGAAUUCUGGGAGGACGACUUCAGGUGCAAACUGACACGUCCAGGUAUCAAGAUAGACUCAGAAAAGAAGAAAUGCACAGGAGAAGAACGGAUUAGUCGCGAUUCUCAUUAUGAGCAAGAGGGCAAGGUUCAGUUUGUAAUUGAUGCAGUUUACGCUAUGGCUCAUGCUUUGCACAACAUGCACCAGGAUUUGUGCCCGGGAGCCACGGGUGUUUGUGAUAAGAUGGACCCAGUGGAGGGACGUUUGCUGCUUAGCUACAUCCACUCCGUCAACUUCAAUGGUAGCGCUGGUACUGCUGUUCUGUUUAAUGAGAACGGAGAUGCUCCUGGACGUUAUGACAUCUUUCAGUACCAGAUGACCAACACCACCAAUCCAGGAUACAGAGUCAUCGGCCAGUGGACCAAUAACCUGCGACUCAACGUGGAAGAGAUGCAGUGGACCGGUGGAUCCCGUCAGAUGCCGGACUCGGUUUGCAGUUUGCCGUGCCGCUCGGGUGAGAGGAAGAAGAUGGUGAAGGGUGUCCCAUGCUGCUGGCACUGUGAGCUCUGUGACGGCUAUCAGUUCCAAGCUGACGAGUUCAACUGCGAGAUGUGCCCUUUCGACAUGCGGCCGAGCCCCAACCGCACGGCCUGCCGCCCAACUCCCAUCAUCAAGCUGGAGUGGCAUUCACCCUGGGCCAUGAUCCCUCUGUUCCUGGCCAUUCUUGGCAUCCUGGCCACCCUGUCCGUCAUCAUCACCUUCAUCCGCUUCAACGACACCCCUAUCGUGAGGGCCGCGGGCCGUGAGCUCAGUUACGUGCUCCUGACCGGAAUCUUCCUCAUCUACCUCAUCACCUUCCUGAUGAUCGCUGAGCCAGGGACGGUGGUGUGCACUUUCCGCAGGCUGCUGCUGGGGCUGGGCAUGUGCAUUACAUACUCUGCCAUGCUUACAAAGACCAACCGGAUCUAUCGCAUCUUCGAGCAGGGCAAGAAGUCUGUCACACCGCCAAAAUUCAUCAGCCCCACAUCGCAACUUAUGAUAACCUUCAUACUGAUCUCAGUACAGGUUGUAGGUGUUUUCAUCUGGUUUGGUGUGAUGCCGCCACACACCAUUGUGGACUAUGAGGAGCAGCGGCCGCCCAAUCCGGAUUUGGCGCGUGGCAUCCUGAAGUGUGACAUGUCUGAUUUGUUGCUCAUCUGUUGCCUGAGCUACAGUAUCGUGCUGAUGGUCACGUGCACUGUGUAUGCGGUCAAGAGCCGAGGUGUGCCUGAGACCUUCAAUGAAGCUAAACCCAUCGGAUUCACCAUGUACACCACCUGCAUCGUCUGGCUGGCAUUCGUGCCUAUUUUCUUUGGCACAGCACAGUCCACUGAGAAGAUGUUCAUCCAGACGACGACGCUGACCGUGUCCAUGAGUCUGAGUGCCUCUGUGUCUCUGGGGAUGCUCUACAUUCCGAAAGUCUACGUCAUCAUCUUGCACCCGGAGCAGAACGUGCAGAAGCGCAAGCGCAGCUUCAAGGCUGUUGUCCAAGCCGCCACCAUGUCCUCACGCCUCUCGCAGAAAUCCAUCAAUGACAAGCAGAACGGAGAGACCAAGAUCGAGCCGGACAGGACGCAGUAGCAGGUGACCCUUGGAAUAGCUGUGUGGAUCUCAAAUCACUGAGGAACAGAGUCAAAGGGGGAGUUUUGCUGUGUUGUAUUUUGUGAUGCCAGGUGAGGACGUUAAUAAAGCCGAUGUUACUGACUAUGAAGGACGAACUGCUAACACUGCAAACAGAAAAUACUUAUUUGGGCAUCUUUGUCAAACACUUGAAAGUGCAUCAUAGAUAGAAUGUGUCCAAAAGUUUUUCUCAUCCAGAGGAUCUUUGCGGAUAGCACAAUGCGAUUUGGAAAAAUCUCUUUGUCCCAUUUUUACCUCAGAAAGAGUAUUGUGUGGUUAUUGCGUUGAGGUUUUAGCAUGAGACAUUUAUAGCGGUGCAACUUUGGACAUGCACGCACUAACCAAGUAAAAAAAAUUUUGAAAGACCACCAGAUUUGAUAAAAUUACAGAUCCUGACUGACCCUGAA